AUGUCUGCAAACCUGUUAUCCCGAUACCCAUGGGUAUCCAGUCCCUUUGUGGUCAGCGCCCCAAUGCGAGUAAUGUCGGGCCCAGCAUUGGCAAUUGCUGUCUCUCGUGCCGGGGGCCUGGGGUUCAUCGGACCUGGUGCUAAAACACAAGACACAAGCGACGACCUCGAGGAAGCAUCGUCGCUACUUCGCCAAGCUGCCAACACAAUCUCAAACACUGGCUCGGCACUACCUGUUGGUGUAGGAUACCAGCUCUGGGCUGAUGAUAUCAACAUUGCCGUUGCAGGAAUAGAGAAAUACAAGCCUUGUGCAGCAUGGCUAUACGCCCCUCGCCAUGGACCGCAAGAUCUCGAUAACUGGUCCAGCAGGAUCCGACUUGCAUCCCCUGAAACCCAGAUAUGGAUUCAGAUUGGCACAUUGAAAGAAGCAAAGCAGCUUCUUCAAAGUGACCAGAGGCCCGAUGUUGUUGUCGUUCAAGGAGCCGAGUCUGGCGGUCACGGUCGGGCGAACGAUGGAAUGGGACUCAUGGCUUUGCUUCCCGAGGUGGCCGAUUUCAUGGCAAGCAGUCGGAUUCCCCUAUUUGCAGCUGGAGGUAUUGCCGACGGGCGCGGAGUUGCAGCUGCUAUAUGUCUGGGGGCCUCGGGUGCGGUGAUGGGAACUCGGUUCCUGGCUGCCAGUGAGACGCGGAUUAGUCGGGGAUAUCAAAACGAGGUUGUUCGUGCAUCUGAUGGUGCGGCUUCAACGACCCGGACCCUACUAUACAACCAUCUCAGGGGUACAUUUGGGUGGCCGGAGGAAUACAGUCCGAGAACUAUCUUUAACAAGUCAUUCAUUGAGCAACAGGAAGGGAAGUCUUUUGAGGAACUCAAGAAACUCCAUGAUGAAGCUGCCAAAUCGGGUGAUAAAGGCUGGGGGCCUGAUGGCAGGCUAGCUACCUAUGCUGGUGCAGCUGUUGGGUUGAUUCACGAUGUGAAGGGGGCCGGAGACAUUGUUCGUAACAUUCGAGAGGAUGCACUGAACAGGAUUGAGAGGUUGCAGACCCACAAUCACUAG